CUCAUCUUUUUUUUCUUCACUUCAAAUUACUCAACCAAAACAAUGUCGUUUGAAGAAGAUGAAGAAUCCUUCGAGCACACGCUCCUAGUAGUACGUGAAGUUAACGUCUUCAAAAUUCCUCCCCGUCCAACCUCCGGCGGCUACAAAUGCGGCGAGUGGCUUCAAACGGACAAGAUCUGGUCGGGUCGGCUCCGGGUCGUAUCAUGUAACGAUCGGUGCGAGAUCCGAUUAGAGGAUCCGAAUUCCGGUGAGUUGUUCGCAGCUUGUUUCGUGCCGCCGGGACAGAGGGAGAGUUCAGUGGAAUCGGUGCUUGAUUCGUCGAGGUACUUUGUGUUGAAGAUCGAAGAUGGUACAGGGAAGCAUGCGUUUAUUGGGUUAGGGUUUAGCGAGAGGAAUGAAGCGUUUGAUUUCAAUGUAGCGUUAUCGGAUCAUGAGAAGUAUGUAAAGAGAGAUGUUGAGAAGGAUGGUGAUGAAGCUGAAGCGAGUAGUGAUGGUCAUAUUGAUAUUCAUCCUGCUGUUAAUCAUCGAUUAAAGGAAGGUGAAACCAUCAGGAUAAACGUGAAGAACAAAUCAUCUAGUGGAACGGGCAUGCUUUCUGCUGCUGUUCAAUCAAAGGCCAUUGCCAUUGCGCCACCCCCUAGCGGAGCUAACAAGAUCAGGUCUCCUCUUCCACCCCCUCCGAAUGAUCCAGCUAUUUCUCGGAAGACCUCUACCAAUGCCAGUAUUGCACUCAAGGGGCCAAAUGGAAGCUCAAGGCAAUCCAGUGAUCCAUUUUCCAAUCUCUCUCAACUUGAGAGGAGCCUUCCUUCGGCCACUGGAUCUGGUUCGAGCAAGAAGACCACAGCAGCUGGAUGGGCAGCAUUUUGAUAGUUUGAGCGUGUUAAAUAUUGACGAGACAUAUGCUUGUUGUUGUACUAGGAUAGAAGACUAUAGUCUAUAUAUCCAAAUUAAAGGGCAGCUUGGGUAUACUAAGCUCCCGCUAUACGUAGGGUUUGGAGAAGAGCCAGGUCACAUUUGGCAUACCCUGCAUUUCUACUAGUGGUUCUUUCCACAAUUUGAAUCCGUGAUCUCCUCCGUUGUGCCAAGGCUCCCCAAAUUUGAAAGAAUGAGAAAAUGUUUAUGCUACUAGUUCCCCAUUUCUUGUAAGAUAAUUGUGUUUAUACUUGCUUGACAUGUCUUAAUUGUACUC